AUGGUUGGAGUCCCUCGCAGCAAGGGCUGUUCUGUCUGCCGCAAUAGGCGUGUCAAGUGUGAUGAAACUCGCCCCGAGUGCGGCCAGUGUCGCAGAUACGGCUGUCCCUGCCCCGGAUACAAUCGCGGACUCAAGUUUCAGGAUGAAGGCCCCAAUCUGCAACGCCGCCAUCGCCGCGUCUCGGAUCGACGAGCAAGCGAUGCCGCGCGGAGGCCGCUGCUCGAGUCGGCUGGCUCUACUUCUUCCUCGUCUUCUUCGACCGCUGUGGUGACGACAAGACCCAGAACCCAGUCCGGCGCCCUGAUCCCCGAGGUUACUGCCGAGGAAGCGUUCCUCUUGAUGCAGAGCCAUGCCGGCAGUAUCGACGAGAACCUGUCGCCGUCGCUGGUGCAGAAGCUAUUCGUGAGCCAGCAACCACGGCUUUUUAUGGAUUUUGUCUGCGCCGCGUUCCCUACACUGUUCUUCCACAACAAGUUCCGUUCCGACGUGUCUUUCCCCGAGUAUAUCAUGCAGAAUUUCAACAAGCGAUCGCAUCAGGACUCGGCUGUGUGCUGUCUCAGCGCUGUAUAUCUAGCGUCGUUGACAAAAGACUCGCGGCUACUGCGCGCGAGUCGGCACAUGUACGGCAAUGCGCUACGGCAGGUGAACAAGGCUCUGGAGACGGAUGAAGCCCUGUCGGAUAUUCUCCUCAGCACCGUCAUGAUGCUGACCAUUUACGAAAUAUACGCCCAAACAACCCCGGACGCAUGGAUCCAGCACGCUCGCGGAGUCAAGGAGAUGUUUCUAAAGCGCGGCGCAAAAAGACACAUAUCCGGGUUCAGCCGAUCCUGUUACUAUGCAUAUCGCGGUUUCUUGGUUGCCCACGCUUUAUACGAAGGGAUCCCAUGUUUCCUGGACGAAGACGAGUGGCAAGAGUUUGCUGCCAAAGUGCAAGAGGAAGACUCCAAGAAACCGGGUGAAUGGUCAGUCUUUGUAAAUCUAUCAGAGCUGAUCUUUAUGGAACUCGUCAAAUGCCCGCGAUAUGUCUACGACUUUCGACGCCUGCCGCUGGGCACCCCGCCACACGAACGAGAAGCACUCAUCUCGCGGAUUCGCGACAGCUGCGCGAAAUUGAAACACAUGAACGACGAGCUACUGGCUUCGAUCAUGUACCAUUUUCAGAAGAAGCAAGGAAUUGAAGUGAACAAGAACGGCUUUGUUGGCCCGGCUCCCUCGUUAUUUCCGGAUACAAAUCCGACGUUAUUAUUACAGGGCGCGACACACUGCAUCAACGCGCUGGAAAAGCUGCUGCGGUCAGCUCGCGUUCAAGAAGACCUCUCUCUUACGGACCACGUCGACGUGAUCGUCCCUAUUAUCCCCAUCCCCGAAUCGCCAGGGUCGGCGUCCUCGCGCACAGAAGUGGAAGAUGCCCUCUCUACGCCCUCGGCAGAUUCCACCUGCGACACUAUCUCCUCUGGCGCCAGCCCGCCAAUAAUUGACGAUAACACCACUGGUACAACUCCUACAUCACAGACAUCAACUUUUACGCUGCCAUUUCGCAUGGUCUCGGAAUUCAAUCGGGGACCUGAUCAGCAGGGUGGCUCCCAUCGUCCGGUCGUAUGGCUGGACCGCGUGGCCUGCUCAAUGGGCAUGAUUGGCGCUGAUAUUGUGGAGGAAGACUAUGUCGGAAAAGCGCGAGACGAUGAGUUGGAGACUGUUAUUGAGGUUCUCGAGGAUUGA